UUCCCCCACCCCGGAUGUAGAUUAGGAACUUCCGGAGCUAGUUCAGAGGCUUUGAAUUCGGCCUGGGCAGGACGCAGCUCCCAUCUUUUCCUCCCACCUCUGCAGAGUUUACUCGGAAGCAAGAAAGCUCAGAAUCUGUUUGGGGCAUCUGUUCAUCAUAUUUCCUAUUGUUGCUGGAAGGUUGAAAAACAAUCUUGUUGUGAAGAAUGGCAACCAAGGUGCAAGAGCAGGGCCUGGAUGCUUCUUGCUCUGAUCCUGUGGAGGAACAGGAUGCAGGUAGCAGCAUUGUGGCUGAGCAUCAGGACUUGGCUAGAGAUGAGCCUGAGGCAGUGGGUGAAUGUUCAGGAGCAGAAGCUGGCCAUUCAGAGAUGCCACCCCAGCCUCCAGCUCAGUGUCCGGCCACAAGCUUGCAGGUUAAACAAGAAGAGGAACCAAAUACGGAUCCCUCCCUGGUGCCUCCUCCUGCAAAGGUAGCAGUGCCAGUUCCUGUGCCCCCGAUAGGAGAAGGGAAAGGAGCAAAGCGGAUGAUGGAGGAUGAUGGUGACAUCUUUAAGGAAAUGCCUGAUGUCUGCCAAGACGCUAGGGAGUCAAGAAGGGGUAUGCUCUUGCCAGAUCUCUUUGGGGAAGCCCAUCAGGCUCAUAGCAGCCAAGGUGGAGGAUGUGCCAAGGUGGAGCAUGCUGUUCCUUGUCUCCCCAAUUUGGGCUCUGAAAAUCAGCGUAAACGCUUCCGGGGCUUUGCAUACAAAGAGACUGAAGGGCCACAAGUGGCUUAUGAGCGACUCCAGGAACUCUUGUUCCAGUGGCUGAAGCCAGAAGCCCGCAGCAAGGAAGAGAUUGUGGAGCAGCUGGUCCUUGAACAAUUCCUGAGCCUCCUCCCUGAGGAUGUCCAGCGCUGGGUUCGGGAACGCCACCCUGAAAAUGGAGACGAGGCUGUGGCCCUGGCAGAAGACUAUCAGUUUCUGCAUCCUGAGCCUGGAAGACGACCCUACCCAGAGAGGACAAGGCAGCGGUCUUCAGCCAGGAGUUGGCUCCGCUGAAGUUCAUGGAGCAAGCAGGCAGGACUCAUUAUCAACCUGAGAGCAUCAAAGACCUUUACCAAGUUAUUUACCAAGGUGGAGAGGAACCAGAUGGACAGCAAGAAUCAGAAAUGACAGCAAACUUAUGUUAAGCAUGAAGAACCUACUUACACGAUUUCCCCCCACAGGAAGUACAUUUGAAGGGAGGCCUACACCUCAUCCCAACAGGCAUGUGUGCGUAUGUGUGAAUAUUUCCUUAUAUGUGUGAGUGAGGACUAACAAAGUCAUGUUUGGUCUUUACUGCAUUCCUCAGAAUGCCCUGUGCACCAUCAGCACAAGAAUAAAGUGUGUUUUUAUGUGUGAGAGAAUGCUUGAGGUGGGUGUUAAAGUGUGAGAAGAGGGUUGUUAUGUACCCACAAGCAUUUUGAUAGGAUGCAAAACAAGAAAACCUUCUGAGGAAGAAGACAAAUGCAUUCCAAUUUUAGCAGAGCUUAAUUUAAGCAGAGCUUAGAAAGUUGUGUUUGACUACAACUCCUUAAAAUAAUUCUGGGAGCUGUAGUACAAAAAAAAUUAAAAAUAACAUUUCCCAAACUCUUACACUGAAACAUCUGGGCUAGUUUUCUAUAGAUCUCUAUGGUAACAAAACUAUGUUCUUUUUUCUUUUUGCACCUCCCAUUAGAUUAUGUGUAUGUGUCUGAUUGCCAACAUAUUGUUUGUAUCUGACCCCUUCCACCAUUUCUUUUGUAUUCAGAGGAAUUCUUCAGAAUUUGGAGACAGUGGUUUGUCCUGCCUGCCCUUUCUGGGCGGAUUGCGGCAGGGAAAUCCCUGGGAGGUCAGCUGGGUAACAACACAAAGCAUUUCUGUGAAGGGGUAACUCAGAUCAGUGACCAUAUUUUUUACAGAUCUACCUCUUUGCUGCACCAUCAUCUCUUUGUAUUGCUGUGGCUGAUAGAUGCAUUUGUGUUACAUAUCCCUAUACGAUCACCUGCUUUCUGGCACACUAUUGUGCUUCUGGGUGGACCUGUGGGAAGACUUCCCUGCCAUUGUUGAUCUUCUUUUAUAUCCAUGGGAAGGAAGCUUUCCCACGGAGACAGAAUCAGUCACUUCAGAAACGAAAGUGUGACAUCAGCAUGGUAUUUUGCCACACAGAAGCAUUUUAAUCUGCAGCCUCUCCACAGCUACAAAAUGAAAGGCCAGUUUAGGAAUGCUCUCUUCUUAUUGGCCCCAAGCACAGCCCUUGUCAGAAGACCCACCAUCACAAUUAACCUAUGAUUGGUCACAAAAUACCUUGCUAAUUACUUUUCCUUCCCCCGUAUUUCAUUAUUGCUUAUGCCAGGAGUUCUAAAUUUUCACUCACUAAUGACAAAAAGUUGGCUAAUUGGGUAUGUGAGAGUGAAGUUAUUGUUUUGUAGCAUAGUUGAAGUUUUUUUAAAAAAGGAUCUUUGCUUGUCAUUUCGUCUCUCCUCCAAUGCCAUGGCUUAUAUUAGCGUAUCACUCCUCUGGUUCGUAGAAACUAAGUUUUUGAAAUUAUUCAAUGUUCUGAUAUGCUAUAGCUUACAUAUUUGCUUUGCAUCGGGUGGCUAGAUUUUGAGCUCUGCAUUUAUCUGUGUUUUAGUUUUGAUGUAUGUAUCUCUGUGGAUGAGCACAUAAAAUAAAGGAUUCUUCUCCCACA